AGCGCAGCCCGGUCUGAACUAACUGAACUCACAUGUGUUUGGCAGCCGCGGUGCUGCCAUGAGGCCAGACGUGUCCGUUAAUGAUUGACCAUUAGCUUCAGUCUGGCGUUGAUUUUGGCUUGUUUAUGGUGGUUUUGCCAUUCCGUCCGGAGCAGUAAGAGCUGAAGUCCAGUCAUUUUAAAACGCCUCUGCGCUUUAGCGUUAGCUUAGCUCACAGCUAUGACAGCCUUGCGGGCAGCCAAACAGGCUCUUAGAAAGGAGAUAAAGAAGCGAGUGGCCAGUCUGAGCGAAGAAGAGAAAGUCCGCCAGUCACAGGUUGUGUCUCAGAAGCUGUUGGAACAUCCGAAGUACCAGAGCAGCCAGCGCAUAGCCGUGUUUCUGAGCAUGCCUGACGAAGUGCGCACCGAGGCCAUCGUCCAGCACAUGUUCAGCAGUGGAAAAGUGUGUUUUAUCCCAAAGUAUCUGACCAACAGCAGCCACAUGGACAUGCUGCAGCUGAACAGCUUGGAGGACAUCAGAUCGCUUCCUCUGACCAGCUGGAACAUCCGCCAGCCGGCUGACAGCGACGCUCAGCGUGAAGAAGCCCUGGACACAGGUGGAUUAGACCUGAUCCUGAUGCCGGGACUUGGCUUUGAUAAGAGCGGAAACCGUCUAGGAAGAGGUAAAGGCUUCUACGACACAUACCUGGAGCGCUGCAUGAGGCAUCCCAAAGGAAAACCCUACACCAUCGCACUGGCCUUCAAAGAGCAGCUGUGUAAAGAGGUCCCCGUGGACGACAGUGACAUGCUCGUCAAUGAAGUGCUGUAUGAAGAGUGAGAUCCAUCUUAAGGGCCACUGUGAGCUCCAGACACCUUCUAGCUCCACUAUAUAGGUGUACAGUCACAGACUGUAGCCCAUCCCUUGCACUUUAUCAGCCCUCCCUCUUAUACAUUUCAUCAUUGGUCAGUUUCUGACCACAGAAACGCUAUUGUUUGGAUAUUAUUUGAGUGCUGGUCCAUUCUCAGCACAGAAAGUGACCACUGAUGAAGGACUAGAGUAUGAAGAACGACUGUGCAUAUGCAGUCUGUAACUGUACAUCAGAAAAGUGGAAGGUCAGAGUUUCUAAUAAAGUGGCCAAUGGACGUACACAGUUGUGUGUAAGUUUUGGAACCCCUGGUCAAAUAACACAUUUUUGAUGAUUUUCCUGCAGAGAACACACUUCUGCACGUUUUCAUACAUAUUUACUCUCUAUUUGCUGAAUUUAACAGAUUUUAUAAAAUAUAUAACCUUAAAAUUUGGCCUGUGCAAAAGUUAUGACCCAUUUUUAUGAUUUAUUUUGUUUUUUUUCAAUAUGUUAAACCAAAUAAGUAGAUAUGGCACCUUGUUCUCUGGAUAUGUUAACAUGUUUUCACUUACAAAAUCAACUGAACAUGUGAAAGUGUUCAAACGUUUGCAUAUGACUGUAAGUAAAGCCAGGUUAGCCUGAGGAGCCAAAUAAAAAAGGGCUUACGACUUUCAGAAAUUUAGACUGUUUAAAAUCUCACUCACACACACAAGCGUGCUGAAAUGGUACUUAUUGACGCAGGCAGUUCAAAUGCAUUUAGGUGGUAAUGGAAAAUGCUGUUAUUGACGUUUUAAAACUGGACACAGUAACAAACAGUAAUAAAUCAGAAGGACAGUGUGACGCUGACUGUCUUAAGUGAGGUUCUCAUUGACUGCUUUACGUUGAGCUCUCUAAUGUUUACUUGCCCUUGUUUACCAAAGCAUACCAAAAUACCAAUGUGUUUAUAUACGCUCAGACCUCUUACAGUCAAGCUUUGCAUAUUCAUCCAAAACAUCAAUGACUGAAUUUCAACAUUGUGUGUUAGCUGUGUUAAUUAACAGUGCUUGUCUUGUCUUAUCAACUCUUUCUGUUUCAGGGGAGACGUGCCUGCGGUAUUGACUUCACACUGUACCUUUUUUGUUAAUUUAAACCGUACAACCCAUUAAUCUUUUUAAAAAACUACUUGCCAAUGACUUUGUUUGAUUUAUAGUGUUGACUGCUCCUUUGUUCUGUUUAUGAGGCAAGAGUUUAUUUGAAGGGACUCGUUUUGUUAUAAUUAAGAUAAAAUAACACUAAAGACAAACAUUAAUAUGCUUUGUAAAAAACAAAACUUGAAAAUCUAAAAUAUAUGUGAAAUAAA